UUUAUACACCUGCUGCACAGCAAUAAAAAAAUUUGCGAAAUUUUUUACGUAAUAAGGGCCAGAAUCAAAUUUAAUCUUGAUAUUGAUUAUCAACUUAUUAUUGCACAAUCAAAGUUGUUCAAAUUUCUCUUGACAUACAAUUUUCCAUAUACCUGCGGUUAUAUAAGUUUUUUACGUCUGCUUUCAAUUAAAUUAGCUAGAAUGACUUAGACAAACAAAUAUUAUUUAGACAACUGCAUUAUUAUUAUUAUUUUUCAUGCUCUAGGAGGGAGUAAACUUGUCUUGUCUUUUACUCAAAUAAAAAAGUAGCAACUCAAACAUUUUUGGAGCAAGCUGCUAGUUAAAAAACGUUACACAAUAUGCCCUGUGGCAUUUAUAUAUGAUAAUUAAAAUUUAAGUAUUAAUUUGAAAAGAAUACGUAACUUAUUUUAUAUUUUAUAACACUCUAAAUUAUAGUUUUGUUUUUAGAUAAAUGUACAUAAACAUAAAAGAAAAUCAACAAUUUUUAACAAAAAUAUGUCCUAAAUUAAACUUCUUGUUAAAUUUUUGCUGUGCCAUCAUAAUUUUUUGAUUAAUAUAUAUGUUUUUAAAAUGCAGAGGUCAUAAUGAUUUUGACUAUUUGACCUGUAUUUGUGCAUUCUUGCGCUACACAAAAGAUUCUGGCUGGCAACAUUGAAGGCACAAAGGCGCUGGAGAUUUGUGAAUUAAUUAUUUGUCCGACCCAGAUUAUGGUGCGCAACUCUGCGCCUCUUUCCGUAAAAUAUUCCCACUCCUCUCGGCUUUGCUCCAAGCUCGCCCGCUAUAUAUUCUCGCCAACUUAGACAUCAAGUGGCCUUCACGAAAGAACGUUUUCUUAGCAAGCUGCUGGGUUCAUCUCAGUUAAAAUUUGCCUGUUCGAGAAAAAACCAAGAUGUUAUUGGAAAUUUUGCUUUUGAUCUUGGUCUCUUUACUGGCCAAAUUUUACUUCUCAACCAGACCUGAGAAUUUUCCUCCAGGUCUGACAAAGCAGUCCAUUCUGGGUGGGUUGACAAUGUUGGUCAAAGGACGCCCGUUUCAGGAGGUUCUGUUCUUUUUGUCAAAAAUACAAGGGCCGCUAGUAGGCUUUAAGUUGGGCGGAAAAUGGUGCGUGGCUGUCAACGGGUAUGAGGCUGUGAAAGAGGUGCUCUCAAGAGAAGACUGCAGUUUCCGUCCCGUUAAUGUUAUCCUUACAAUGCGGUCGUUUGAUAAGCGCUUGGGAAUUCUUUUUGCUGAUGGCAAUUUGUGGAAAACGCACCGCCGUUUCGCAAUCCGCCACCUGCGCGACUUUGGCUUUGGGAAAAGCAGCACCGAGCGGAUGAUCCGCGAUGAGGCAGAGGCUUUGGCUGAUGCGAUGCGAACAAGAAGUAACCGCCCUGAAGGCGUCCACGUGCACGACCUUCUGCCCAUAUCGGUCAUCAACGUCCUCUGGGCGAUGAUGGCCGGACAGAGACAUGAUCAUGAGGACGAAGAGUUCAAAGAAUUGUUGGAGAACAUCACCGAGUUCACGCGCCAGGGCCAUCCGAUUAUGAUGAUCUUCACGUGGCUGCGCUUUGUACCGUUGGUCAACACGUCCUUCAAGAAACUGAUGAAAUCUGCCUACAUCCUCCAAUCGUAUAUUAAGGAUGUGGCUGAGCAGCACGCAGCAACCUACGAGGAAGGCGUCGUCCGUGACUUCAUGGACGUUUUUCUCGGUGAGGUCAAGAAAGGCGAGGACCCGACCUUCGACAUGGAGCAACUGAUCGUGGUGUGCAUGGAUCUGUUCCUCGGCGGCACCGACACCACCUCCAACGCUCUGGGGUUCGCCCUGCUCUACCUGGCCUGCUUCCCUAGAAUUCAGGAAAAACUGCGCCAGGAGAUGCACAGCAUUUCGCCUGGCAUGGAACCGGCCCUCAAAGAUGCUCAAAAGUUCAAUUACUACCACGCGUUCGUUCAAGAGACACUUCGCCACUCGAGCAUGGUGCCAAUGACUCCACCGCACACAACCGACAAUGACAUUACGCUCAGCUCAGGCUAUAAUUUGCCCAAGGGUACAAGCCUCUUAAUUAACUUGUACAGCCUGCAAAUGGAUAAAAGCCACUGGAUAGACCCUGAAAACUUCCGUCCUGAACGCUUCCUUGAUGAAACUGGCAAAUACUUGAAGGACCCCUUUGCGAUGCCUUUUGGUCAUGGGCCAAGACUUUGCCUUGGAGAGCCCCUAGCCAGAGACACAAUGUUUAUUUUCCUCACCACCAUACUAUUCAAGUUCAAGUUUUCACUGCCAACAGCAGAGCCGCAACCGAGUUUAGAGCCUCUCGAAGGGCUUGUCCAGAGCCCUCGACCAUACAAACUGUUGAUCGAGGAAAUUUAAAAAUGUGAUAUAUAGUUUUAAAUAAAUAAUUA